AUGCAUUAAUUCUCAAUACCAAUAGAGGAUAUAAUGGAUUUACCUCCAAUUGCGGAUGAAAUUAAUUUAUAAUUAGGUGAGAAAAUUGAUACAAAGAUAUUUUAACAAAAUAAAGUUGUUUAAAAUUAAAUCACCUAAAAUUAAUAAUAAUAGCCCCUUCAGAAUCCUUAAGAUGAAGAAAUGUUAAAUACGAAACACAAAGAAAUUAAUUAAUUUUUGCAAUCUUAAUAAAAAGAAUAACUCUCUCAGAAUUUUUCUUUUGGUGAAAUUAAUCUAAUGGUGAAAUGUCUAUAACGGAAUAAAACAUUUUCUAUUACGGUUCCUCCUGAUCAACUAGUCGAGGAAUUAAUGAUGGAAUUUCAGGGAAUUUUAUAAACAUAAAAUAAAAUGUAGUUUUACUUCUAAAAAAAGCCAUUAGAUGGAAAUUGUUCAUUUGCAAAAUAUGGGAUUGGGAAUGGUAGUGUAAUUGAGAUGAGUGAAAUCAUUUGUUGUGGCUGUUUUCCUUUUUAUGCUCCUAUAACUCUUGCUGAUAAAUCAUAAAAGCCAAUAAGCGAAAUAAUAAAAGGAGAUUAAAUAUUGUGUUAUGAUUAUGAAUAAAGAGAAUUUAGACCAGGAAUAGUUUAAGGUACUACAAAGACUAAAUAUAAAAUUCAAUUAAUUAGAAUAGAAACUGAAACAAGAAUAAUUGAUUGUACAGCUGAUCAUCCAUUUUAUACUUAAUCUGGAUGGAAAGCAUUUGAACCUCAUCCUGAUUUCUAAAUAAGUAAUUUAGCAUUAGAAGAUAAAUUAUUAUUUGAAGAUAAUACUUUUAUUAAUAUUAUAUCAAUCUAAAAAUUGAAUUAAUUUGAUUAUGUUUAUAAUCUUCAUUUGAAAUAUCCAAACAAUUACUUAGUAUUUGGAUUUCUAGCUCAUAAUAUGAAUAUUAUCUAUGUUAAAAUAGAUGGGAAAUAUAAAGAAAUUGAAUAUUUCCCAGAUAUGCCAAUAUAAUAAAUUAAAGUGUUAAUCUUUAAGAAGAUGGGUAUUCCUAUAGAAAAUCAAAAAUUGUACUAUUAAGAUAUAUUAAUGGAAGAUGAAAAAACAGUUAAAGAUUAUAAUCUAAAUUAUGAGAGUGAAAAAUAAAUGAAGGUUUUGUUAGAUGUAAGUAUUGAUAAGGAAAAAUAACAAUACUAAAGUACACAUAUAACUUCAAAUUCUAAUUUAAUAUCAGUUGAUAUAAUUACAAAUGAGUCUAGUUAUAAUUUAUUAUUAUAUAAACAUAUUGAAUUGAAAUAUUUGUAAAAGAUUAUUCGAUAAUUUGAAGAUAAAAAUGAAAAAAAGCUCAUACUGAUUGAUGGUUAAUCGUAUAAAUCUGAAUUUUAUGAUAUGAGAAUAGAUGAACUACCUAAAAUUUAGGAAAUUUUAUUGCUCUGAAAAGAAGAAGGAGGAUUGAGUAUAAGCUUUUAUAAUGAAAUUUACAAUAUAGG